CAUCUGAUCUAAUCCUAUCUGUGUCCUAACUGUGAACCCUUUGAAGUUGGAUUUGUUUACUUCUUCAUCUGAAUAAAAAAUGUAUAGAAAUUAAGUUGAGGUGUUGACAUUUUUGUAUGUCUGCGUAAUAGCCAAAUAAUUAAGGUGGUGACCACUCAUAUUUGAAUAUAUCUAAUAUAUAGUAAGUAGUAAAGUCUAUGAGACUUCAGCUUAUAAUUUUAGAAUUGGAAGAGCCCAAAUAUUGCAGACACUCCCAGAAAUGGAUUCUAUUGGUGGUUCAGCUACUGUUUCUCGACAGAUCUGCCACGAAGAUUGCUUUAGUGGUCAAGAGGCUAACGUUAAGGUAGGAGAAGAACAAUUGCAAGAUCAUGGAGAGAAGCUUACUUCAUCCAAAAGUGAGGAUUCAAGCAAUAACAAAGAGGAGGGUGUAAUUGAGUCUGUCAAAGCUGAGAUGGGUCAAGUGAGAGAAGAAAAUGAAAGGCUAAAGAAGAUGGUGCAGCAAAUGGAGAAAGAUUACCAGUCUCUCAAGUUUCAUUUCUUCGACCUCCUUGGCCAAGAAACUUGCAAGAAAUCUGAAGAUUCAACACCAUCGAGUGACGAAACUGAAGAGUCUGAGCUUGUGUCGCUUUGCCUUGGAAGAACUCCAAGCGAAUCUAAAAAAUAUGAAAAAGGCAGCAACUCUAGCAGAAGUAGUAGAGAAAAUGAAGACUUGGAGGCUGGCCUGACUCUUGGGUUAGAUUCAAAAUUUCAGAUGUCUACUGAGCUAGAGUCCAAUCCAAGCCCUGAGAAUAGUUUGGACGCCAAGGAAGAUGAAGCAGGAGAGACAUGGCCACCAAGUAAGAUCCUAAAGAGAAAUAUUGAUGAUGAGGAUGCAAAGCAAGGCGAUGUGAAAAGAGCUCGGGUUUGCGUGAGAGCUAGAUGUGAGACCCCAACGAUUAAUGAUGGAUGCCAAUGGAGGAAAUAUGGCCAAAAGAUUGCAAAAGGAAAUCCAUGCCCUAGAGCAUACUAUCGCUGCACAGUUAUACCAAAAUGUCCAGUAAGGAAACAGGUGCAAAGAUGUGCAGAAGACAUGUCAAUCUUAAUUACAACCUAUGAAGGAAUACACAAUCACCCACUUCCUGUUUCAGCCACAGCCAUGGCCUCAACAACCUCAGCAGCAGCUUCCAUGUUAUUAUCAGGCUCAUCAGCCUCGCAGCCAACCCUAAUUGGCUCCCAUGCUUCUGCAACACAACUCAAUGGAUUAAGCUUCAACAAUCUCUAUGACAGUUCCACAACAAAACAAUUCUACAUAGCAAAUAAUCCUUCAUCUCCUUUGUGCCCAACAAUUACUUUGGACCUCACAGCCUCUCCAUCCACUGCUUCAUCUGCUACUCCUCCUUUCAAUUGGUUUUCUUCAAGCUUCACUUCACCCUCAAGGUUUCCUUCAACAAGUCUCAACUUUCCUUCUCCAGCAGUUUGGAGCAAUGGAUACCAAAAUAGUUAUGGCAGUUCACUGAGCAAUCUUGGGCCUUACAUGGAAAAGAACCACCAGCAGCAGGCACUGACAGAAACCUUAACCAAAGCAAUAAUAUCAGACCCAAGUUUCAGAACUGUAAUAGCUGCAGCUAUUUCAUCAAUGGUAGCAGGAAAUGGUAGUGCAAGUGCAAGUUCAAGCCAAGGAAACCAAAGGGCUGCAGAGAAUUUUGGUCAGAAUUUGAGGUUAGGAGAGGCUAAUAAUGAGGCUGUUUCUACAAGUUCAUUGAAUCUGCAGAAUGGGAAAGGUUGUGCACCCAGCUACAUCAGUGGAUUGUCUUCAUCUUCCCAAAUAGGUCUGCUUCAAUCUCAUGUGUUGCCAUCUUGUGUGUUGAAUAGUGCCUCUUUGGCUGCUAAUAAUAAUAAUAAGGAUCAGAAGAAUUGAGAGGAAGUGUUAAAUAUAAGAAAAUGACAAGAAAUUAGAAAAAAAAAAAAAUAAAAAACAAAAGAUUUAUACUGCCAUUUUCUUAUCUUUAACAUUGCUUCUAUGUCAUUUUUUGUCUUUUUAAUUAACAUAGUUUUUGGAUUUUACCUUAUGUUUACCAAUUAGAAUCAACAUACAGAAGAUCAAAAGUGUAUCAGUAAUUUCUUUAUGGCAUAAGCUGUCACAGA